AUGUCGACCAUCAAAGUCUUCUACGAAUUUUUUCAGGGGAGCCCCGACACAUUUUCCUGCACCAUCGGUGAGCGGCCUAAUGUGAUACGGCGGCCAGAAAAGCGGUACUUGGUGAACAGGCCUGUGUACUCCGAGGACUCGUUUGCAGAAGAUUACAAGAAGAUCGACAGGAAACACAGAACCACGCUGGAUCAUGUGAAGGCCCAGUUCACCUGCGACACCCAGCGAGUCAAGAAAACUGUAUGCUCCCUGCUGCCCAUCAUUGGAUGGCUGCGCAUCUACAACAUCAAGAAGUGGUUGCUUGGGGACAUUGUGUCAGGGAUCAGCACUGGACUGGUUGCCGUACUGCAGGGUCUAGCAUACUGUCUGCUGGCAUCCCUCCCACCUCGGUAUGGUCUCUUCACAGCUUUCUUCCCCGUCAUCAUCUACUUCUUCCUGGGCACCUCCAGACAUAUCUCUGUGGGUGCUUUCCCAGUUCUGAGUCUGAUGGUGGGUGCUGCUGUGACCCGACUCGUACCAGAUGACGGCCCCCCUGUCAAUAUCACUGGCUUCGAAGGCCUGACCCAGGAUCAGCAGAGGGUCAUGGUGGCUGCAUCUGCCACCUUCCUCAUGGGAAUAUUCCAGCUGGCCAUGGGGCUGCUGCAGGUGGGGUUCAUUGUGACUUAUCUGUCUGACACCCUAAUCUCUGGGUAUACCACGGCGGCUGCAGUCCAUAUCCUGGUGUCUCAACUGAAGUUUGUGUUUGGGCUGACAGUUCCAGGCCUCAGCGGACCUCUGUCGCUCAUCUAUACCCUGGAGAAGGUCUUUGUUCAGAUUGAUAAAACCAACAUCGCCAGCUUGGUGAUUUCUAUCAUUGUCAUGGUGGUGGUGUUCAUUGUGAAGGAGCUCAAUGAAAGGUUCAAGGCCAAGCUUCCUGUACCAAUACCCAUUGAAGUCAUCAUGACCAUUAUAAUCUGUGGUAUCUCCUAUGCAUUUCAAUUUGACCAAAAGUACCAAGUUGAGAUUGUGGGGGAUAUCCCUCCAGGGUAUGAGCCACCGAUGGCCCCAAACAUGGAGGUCUUCCAACAGACGGUGGGAGACGCCUUUCCAAUGGCCAUUGUGGGUUUUGCCGUUGCCUUCUCUGUGGCCAAGGUCUACGCCAUCAAACAUGAGUACCACAUCGAUGGAAACCAGGAGCUCAUUGCUUUAGGUCUCAGCAACAUUUUUGGGGCAAGCUUCAAGUGCUUUGCAGCAAGCACAGCUCUCUCCAGGACUGCUGUGCAGGAAAGCACAGGAGGCAAAACCCAGAUUGCUGGUCUGCUCUCGGCUAUUAUAGUGAUGAUUGUCACUUUAUCCAUUGGAUUUCUUCUUGAGCCGCUUCCAAAGGCAGUGUUGGGGGCAGUAGUGAUUGUCAACCUUAAGGGGAUGCUGAUGCAGGUGCGAGAUGUCCCCUACCUGUGGCGGAAAGACCCGCCCGACUGUAUGGUUUGGAUCCUGACCUUUGUGGGAUGCUUGCUGUUGGGCAUGGACUUUGGAGUGGCUGUAGGCCUUGGUGCAGAGCUGCUGUCUGUGGUCUUCAGGACACAGUUUCCCCGCUGUUCUGUCCUGGCCAGCAUCAGUGGAACAGACAUCUACAGAGACCGAAAGGAUUACCUUAAUAUUUUUGAACCAGAGGGAGUGAAAGUCUUCCGAAUCCCUUCUCCGAUCUACUUUGCAAACAUUGAUUUCUUCAGAAAUAAAUUGAAUGAAUACCUUGGCUUCAACCCACUGAGAGUUCUGCGUAAGAGAAACAAGGCCUUGCAGAAGAUCAGGAAGCUCCUUAGUAAGGGAGAGCUGCAAAUAAAAGGGGAGUCGGAAGAUGAGGGGAACCUGGAAGAUCUGGAUCAACCCAUUGACUUCAAGGACCUUCCCAUCCAAAUCAACUGGAACAGGGAACUUCCCGCGAACAUCAUUGUACCCAAGGUUGACGUUCACAGCUUGAUUCUGGACUUUGCAGCUGUCUCCUUCAUUGACAUCUCCGCCCUGAAAGGGCUCAAAACGACCUUGAAGGAGCUCAUCCGGAUAGAGGUGGAAGUCUACAUAGUAGCAUGUGACAUGUACAUUCUGGAGAAACUGCACAGCUGCAAGUUCUUUGACAGCGAGAUCAAGUCAUCCAUGUUCUUCUUGACACUUCACGAUGCCAUGUUGAGUGUCCUGGAGAAAGAUCCGGUCGACUUGGAACAUCAGCAGAGAAGUGAAAAGGUUUCACCUCAAAGUCUAAGUUAUGAGCAAAGCAACGGUGUGUGGAGUGUGCAGAGUGGUGAAAGCGCAGUUCCACAGCCUGAAACUAAAUUCUAGGCAAGUCUUUGGUGAUGUUUCCAAAACCCAGG